UGGUCCUAACAAGUGGGGGCUUUGAUUUCAGUUGAACACCGCCUCUCGCGCUCUGAAACCCUAAAAGGAAAAGGGAGUUAAGAGUAAAAGUGAAAAUGAGCGGAGCAGGAGCAGAGAGAGGUUCUGGAACCACAAAAACUCCAGCAGAUUUUCUUAAAUCAAUUCGGGGGCGACCGGUUGUUGUUAAACUGAAUUCUGGUGUUGACUAUCGAGGUAUUCUAGCUUGUCUUGAUGGGUAUAUGAAUAUAGCCAUGGAGCAAACAGAGGAAUAUGUCAACGGACAGCUGAAAAAUAAGUAUGGUGAUGCUUUUAUUCGUGGCAAUAAUGUUCUCUACAUCAGUACAACAAAGAUGACAAUAGCAGAUGGGGCAUAGUAUUGUGAUUUUCUCGAACCAGGAAGAUCAUCUAAUAUCAUGUGUUUUGCAAUUAUGGUGGUACGUAAGGACUCAAAUGCAGAUGUACCUAGAAGUUCUGUACUUGAUACAUUGUUCAUUAUGUGUUGUGGAAUCCUUGAAAUUGUCUGAUAACUAGUGCUUAAUUGUCACAUUCAAUUCGUAUUCUUAAGGGUGAUGAUGGCUGUUUCUAUA